AUGGUCGGCCUAGCGCGAAUGUUGCACAUGCUCUACAGCGAGGAUGCUGGUGCUUCACAUCUCGCGCGUCGCGAGGAUAGUUCCGGCUCUCAGUCACUGAGUAGCAGCGAUAGGGCGGGCUUCAUUGCUAUGGGGGUGAUCGCCAUCCUCUCUUUUGUUUCAACACUUGGUCUGAUAAGUUUUCUUACCUACCGGUUCAUCUUUUGGCGGAAAUACUACAAGCGACCCCUUGCGGAGAACCAGUAUGUCGUGCUUAUUUACAAUCUGCUCUUGGUGGAUGUACAGCAGGCUACGGCAUUCUUGAUAUGUCUUCACUGGGUUUCGAAAGGGGCUGUCUCCUAUCCCAGCGCCGCCUGUGUACUUCAAGGUUGGUGGAUUCAGAUCGCCGACCCCGGGAGUGGAUUAUUCGUCCUGGCAAUUGCAAUGCAUACUGGUGCGGUCGUCUUACGAGGCCGACAAUUACCAUACGGCGUCUUCGUUACUUGCGUCGUCGGACUCUGGGCCUUCAUCAUACUGUUGGGAUUGAUUCCCGUUGGAAAGUUUACCUCCAAUACUUUUGUCAUCUCUGAAGCCGGAUGGUGCUGGAUUAGUCGAGAACAUGAGACGGCCCGCCUCUGGGCGCACUACUUGUGGAUUUUCAUCGCUGAAUUCGGAACUAUUGUCCUCUACGGAAUUAUGUUCUUCUAUCUACAACGUCGUAUGAAGCAGGCUGCGAUGCUUCGGCAAAAUCACCAGGAAAAUCUGAAACGCCUGAAUCGAGUGGUUAUUUACAUGGUUAUCUAUCCUCUGGUAUACCUUGUUCUUUCUCUUCCCUUGGCAGCCGGACGUAUGUCUACUGCCCGGCAUAUCAUCCAGAGUCGCACAUACUUCGCUGUUGCUGGGUCUCUGAUGGCGCUUUCUGGUUUGGUCGACGUGCUCGUCUACACUCUGACCCGUCGACACCUUCUGCUCGAGACGGAAAUUAGCACUUCGGACAAGAUGUACCCCUACUCCAACUCGAACGCGUACCAAACGCAUAUUACUACCGCGACGAGAGACAACAAACGGUUCCGUGUCGGGUCUCGCUUUCGUCGUGGACUACAGAGUAUCAAUGAUACGGUAAACGACGACCGUGAUGAUUCUACCGAAGACAUUGUUCGGAAGGGCGAUAUGGAGCUGGUCGACAUGGGCCAGGGUGUGUAUCAAGAAACGACGAUUGAGAUCUCACAUGAGCCAGCCCACCCUGAGGAGCACCAACGAGAGCGGAGAAGCGAGUAA